UUGACAUCAUUUCAAUGGCUGAAACAACAAUGAUGCCUGAGGAAAUUGAGCUUGAGAUGGCAAAGAUCCAGAGACUUCGGGAAGUCUUAGUCAGGAGAGAAUCAGAACUCAGGUUUAUGAUGGAUGACAUCCAGCUGUGCAAAGACAUUAUGAACCUUAAGAAAGAGCUGCAGAGUUUGGUAGCAAUCCCAGAAAAAGAAAAAACAAAGAUGGAGAAACAAAGAGAGGAUGAACUGAUUCAGAAGAUCCAUAGACUGGUACAAAAAAGAGAUUUUCUUGUAGAUGAUGCAGAAGUUGAGAGAUUACGAGAGAAAGAAGAAGACAAAGAGAUGGCUGAAUUCCUUCGCACCAAGUUAAAACCCCUAGACAAAGCAACACAAUCUCCUACCAGCAGCCCAGCAGAAAAGAAGGCAGAACCUCCUCCAAGCAAGCCCACCAUUGCCAAAGCAGGAUUGGCUAUUAUUAAAGAUUGUUGUGGGGCCACACAAUGCAAUAUCAUGUAGCUCUGGCUUCUCUACCGUGGUUGUCUUUUCAAACGUUUUCAUUGAAUGAAACUGUAGGGUGAGGGGAACUAACAGCAUCCUGCUAAUGGAAUCAAG